CCCCUCCAUAGAUUCUACCACAGUAAUGGCAUCGUCAGAUGUGGAGUUGGGAGUUCUUCCAGCAUCACGACAAGCAGUCAUCAACUACGCUCCGCUUGAAGUCGUUGAUUUAGAGGCAGCUCCGGAGGGGAGGCCUAUGGGCCUAGAGGAUACAGUGUUGAGGGGGAAGGAGCAUCCUGAUAACCUCAAUUACCGUUCAGUAUUCGCGCUGGGCCAAGUGACCAUUCGAAUUCCCGCUCCUCCUCUGCUGACUUUGGCUGAGCUUAUCGGCUUCAUACCGUGGAUCGUACCAGCGACUUUGACAAUAUUGAUGUUGACAACACGGAGAGCUGUAUAUAUCUACGCCUGUGUCGUGUUAUUGAUAACAUCAUUCGUCAAUGAGGGGCUCUUCAAGCGGCUAUUCGGGCAGGCUCGGCCGCCUCAGAGUGCCUGUGAAGGCCCAGGCAUGCCUAGCGGUCAUUGCAUUACCUCAGGAGUGUUAUGUACAUGGUUUUUCUUAGAGUCUACCGCCCUGUUCCUUAGCAGUGGAGGAGCGAGCACAUCUGGAAACGUCCAGGAGAUGCUCAUCCGGAUACUUAUAAUACUCGUCGUUUUUGGUCCUGUUCCUUGGGCAAGAUGGUAUACGUGGGACCACACCGUCGAGCAGGUCCUGGUCGGCUCACUAUGUGGACUCUUCCUUGGUUGUUUAGCAUUCGCCUUUCGUAUUGAAUAUAUUCCCAAUAUGGAGUUUGUAUGGACGCCAACGACAGUUGUUACCACCGCUACUCCUAUUAUCACAGUAUAAUCAACAACUUUCC